CCCACAACACCAACUACUCUUGCCAUAGAAUAGUAAAGAGUAGAGAGAGAAAAAGGGAGGAGAGAGAAAGAGAGAGAAAUCAUGGGAGAUGACAAGGAGAAGGAGGCCAUGGUAGAGAUCUGCGAAGACAAAGAGAGAUUGUUGCCUGUCAUUGAUCUAAACGAGGAUAAGGCUGAAGAGGAAUGCAACAAGUAUGCAGAAAACCAAGAGCAAAACAAAGAAGACGAUGAUAGUGAUGAUGAGGACGAUGAACAGAGUAUCAAUACUGAGAUUGGAGGUGGAGGGAGCUCAAGCAGCACAAAUAACAACAAUAACGAGGAAAGCAAGAUUAGCGUAGGGAGCGGUGAUGAGAGAGCUCCGACUGUGAGGCAGUACGUAAGGUCUAAAAUGCCUCGGCUGCGUUGGACUCCUGAUCUCCAUAGCUCUUUUGUUCAUGCAGUGGAAAGAUUAGGUGGACAAGAAAGAGCAACUCCGAAGUUAGUGCUUCAGCUAAUGAACGUGAGGGGGUUAUCUAUUGCUCAUGUUAAAAGCCAUUUGCAGAUGUAUAGAAGCAAAAAGCUAGAUGAUUCUGGACAAGAAAGAUCAGUCAUUUCUUCAGCAUUUUCUUCGAUGGACAACUACAUGAGAAGAGGAGAUCAUUUCAACAAUAUGUUCUACCAUAGAGAAGUCUCCCAUCACCUUCCCUUCAGAAUGGAAAGAAACAUUCAUGAAAAUGAACGAUUUUAUAGCCUUUUGCAACGAUGUCAAUCACUCCAUCAUCCAUUAGAUGUCAACAAUAGCCGUUUCAGACACCAAGAAUGGGCUUUUACUCAGCAAGCAGGCACAAGAAUUGGUUCGGUUAAAGAGAAGAUAGUUUGGAAAGAAGGGAAGCCAUUGGCAUCUCAUCUGUUUGAUGUUAGAGAUACAAUUACUGGUAAUGGGUGCUCAAGAUCUAUACAUGGUCAUUUUCUUGAUGGAAGGAGAAAUGCAGGGUUUGAUUGGAUUGCAAGUAGCUCAAAAACCUUGUCUAAGGAUGGAAAUUCAAAUUUAGCUAUGGCAACUGGUUCUUUAUCUGAAUGGCCAGGAAGAACCAAUUUGAACAGCUAUAAAAGGCUUCAUUCUACCUCAAGUGAUCCAAUAGUCAUCAACGACGGCAUUCAACAUCGCGCUGACUUGCCAUUUCGAUUUGGACAAGUUCAAAAUUCAAAGUUUAACGAGAUAUUUGCAAGAAGAGAGAACCAAUUGACAGAUAUGAAGAGGAGGAGGAUGAUGAAAGAAAGUGAUUCAGUGCCUAAUUUGAAAUUAGGGUUGAGUCCAGGAUCAGUAGGAGAUUCUGCCGAUGUGAAAAAGAAAAUCCCCGAGGCUGAUCAAGAAGUGGACAGUGUGCUCUCACUCUCACUCUCUCCCCCAAAUCCUUCGCCAAAGAAAUUACAUCAAAUCGAGUUUCUAGAGAGAGGUACCAGCAAGAAAGCUGCUAUGGGGACGAGUACUUUAGAUCUGACCAUGUCAAUCAAGGCAUUGCAGUGAGAUCUUUCAAGUACUCGUCUGGAGGCAUUCUAGAUAAAAAAUAGCUAUAUAUAGUGAUGAAAUUAAUAAGGUUUUAGCCCCAUUGGUUAUUUUGGGUACAUGAUCUUGCAGUUUAGUUAUUAAUUAAUAGCCAGAAAAUGGUCAUUAAUCAAGCUGGUGUAGUCACGAG